AGCUUCCUCAGCCGAGAGAUCACUGUUCCUCAGUUUGACAUUCCUCGUUCAUGCCUACAGCCAGGAUCUUCAUUGUUCGGCAUGGAGAGACCGACGCAAAUCGUCAAGAAAUCAUACAAGGACAGCUUGACACGGAACUGAACGCCGCUGGUGUUGAACAGGUCCAGCUGACCUGCCAGGCCCUAGAGAAAGUUCCCUUCAGCGUUGCCUAUUCAAGUGAUUUGGGUAGGGCAGCCAAGACCGCAGAGAUUAUCCUAACCAAGCACUCGGGCGUUGAACUGAAGAAAUGCAACGAAUUACGAGAACGAUAUAUGGGCGACUUACAAGGCCGCCGUCUCUCUGAACUCCGCAACACCUCACCGGCGAAUGUGGAAAGUGUGUCGGAUUUCUCGAAGCGCGCGGUCCGUUGGUGGAACAGCAUUGUCCAAAGACACGUCUUAUCUGUUCAGCAAGAAGAGCUUGAAACGCCCCUGAAUAUCCUGGUGACCACCCACGGGGGCCUCAUUCGUAUCUUGUUACAAGGUUUAAUCGGCAGCCGGAAGCUUCGAUGGGGACAGGGUGUGAAAUUAGGAAGGUGCUUGAAUGCAUCCGUUACGGUCAUCAACUUGGAGGGCAACGGCAAGGGCGAGGUGGUGAGCUUCGCGGACACAACGCAUCUAAACGUCGAGCUAGUGGAGGUCAACGCGGAUACCGUUGCGGAGGAUGUCGUAGACGAUACCGGCGGCGGAGGCAGGGUAUGAUGGGCGCAUCCGGAUUUCUGGAAUUGGCAAGGCUGUGUAUUACGUCAGCGAUAUCCGGGGUCGUUUCGUUCUUGGCCAGAUUUAGCCUAACGCCAGACAACGCGCUGGAGUUAUUCCACUCUUUCCCUUUCACCACACCUGUGGCCAUGGCCAACUCUCACCCAGAUGAAGCUACUCCCCUCCUAGAAAAUGGCAACGGUGUAGUAGUACGGAAACCAUUUUCUACCCGUGUUGCAGAC